AGCACGCUCGAGAGUGAGAGUGUGCAGUGGCCGAGUAGAGCUGAGCUGAGAGAGAAUGCAAAGAAUUUAGCACCGUCGAACGGCACGGAUCUUUCGGUACUCGGGGCACAGUAGAAGAAAACGAACGACACUGGGAAGGUGGUCAGUCGUGUGCUAUCACGAGUCGGAACGGAUUGCCUUGCUAGAAUAGAACGGUGCGUGUGUGUGUGCUGUAACAGAGUUUCCAUAUCAAGUGAAAAUUGGAAAAGUGGUCCUUUUGUAUAAAGCAGUGUCAUCACUAGCCCUUUCUGUGAAAGAAAAGCACCAAUGGCACGGUGCUAGUCGGUCUGUCUGCACGGCCAAGAGCACCUUCAAUCUGUCUGUCUGUGUGUGUAUCACCGCAUCUUCGAAUAUGGCGUAAAAACGUAAAGCAAGUGGGACAUUCAUUCACUAGCAGGGCCGACCAGUAUCAUCAUCACCAGAUACCGAUUCCGGAGUUGCGGUGCCUGCAGGAGUUUGCAUAAAAUUCGUCCUUCGUUUCCGGCUUCCUCAUUCCGUGCCGCAGCGUACAGCGUGAACCCCGCGAUCCAGUCGAUUUUGACACUUGACAGUUUGAUAUUUCAGUGGAGGGCUGAGAGUGUGAAGAAGAAAGAGAGCGACAGAGAGUGAGAGAGCAUAGACAGCGCUCUGGUUGGCAACGGGAAACCGGUGACAGCAGCUCCUGGCAGCAGUCACGAAAGCUUGCCUCUGUGUGCUGUGUGCUGCCGUGAAAAGUGUCCGUCCCUGUUGGAAAACUGUCAAUGUCGCAUUGCGGAUGAGAGCGUCGCUUGUGGUGCCACCAGACCCCCAAGUCGCGAGUUGAUCGGAUUGUUACGCGUGAACUUGCAUUUUUGCGUGCUUUUCUUAUUGGGUUUUGUUUCAUUUGGAAGUUGAUAGGAAAUUCGAAGUGAAUUAGAAUUAGGAAUAAUACUAUAUUGAGUGUGUUUUUAAAAGCAAAUCAUCCUUUUGGUGUGUACAUCAGUGAAGCAACUCGAUGUACCUCUAUUUUUAUCAUAUUGAUUACAGUGUCCGAUAAAAAAAUGGAAUAAGUUUAAUUAGCAAACCCUUUUCGUGUAUGUGUGUUUGUGUGAGUGAGUGUGCUAAACGGUCCUAAGAAAUCCAACUAUGUGAACAACUGAGUGAAGAAAAUUCGUGCAAAAGUGGCUGAGAAGAGUGUGCACACGAAAAAAAAGGAAGCAAAAAUCAAUUAUCUGCAGGCAAAGGGGGAGAACGUCCAAUCUAUUUGGUAACAGCUGGGGCAAGCAAAAAAGAAUAGAAAAGUUGGCACCAGCUGCACCAAACCCUGCUGCAGCAGUGGGGACCAAUUUUCGAAUCAAUAAUUGGUCCAUCGUGAAUCAGUGACAGUCGGCUGGGCGGACGGCAUAAUCGGCAUUGGAGUUGGCUGUGUUCGGAUAGCAAACAUGAUACGACUGAGUUAGGUUGCGGUCGCACUAGCACCAGACCUCAAUGUCGCCAUCAGUGAGCGAAAAAGCAGCAGCAGCAGCAGUAGCAGCAGCAGCAGCAGUAGUACCAGCGUCAACAGUAUCGUGCCCGCGACGGCACCAACGAAACCACGGAAAGACGGCCACUUCGUAACCUUUUCUUGUGCGCUUCCUACGUUUCUAGCGCACUUCCCCCUUUUCGCUCUCCUGUUUUCUCUGACACUUAAGCUACACAUACACUCUGACGCCACUGUCAAGCAACGUGUGAGAGUACACAAACCGACCACACAUACAAGUGUCUUCUGUUAUCCUUUGCGCUCGCUCGCUCUCCCUUUCUCUCUCGCUCGCGGCGCUCUCGGCAGUUGCCGCACACUGUUGCAUUUCACCGUGCAGCAUAAUAACGCGCGCUCUGUGUGCAAAACAAAACACACAAAAAGAAACAACCACAGCCACUCCGUUCCUUUACUGUCAUAUGAUUCGAGCUUCCGGACACCGGUACAGUAGGCAGAUCAGCAAAACUACAUCAACAAUACGCAGCAGCACCAGCGCGACCGAACGUUGUUAUUAGGAUAGGCGAAUUUUUAAAUCAAACAAACCGUUAGCGAUGGAUCGAAAACAGUGGGUUAUUAUCCCUUUAGCACUGGUAGGAGUGUUUUGGUUUUGGAUUCCACAGGUUUCCGCCGAGUGUCAAACACGCUCAAUCUACUGCUACGAGUGUGACAGUUGGACGGAUGCGCGAUGCAAGGACCCGUUCAACUACACCGCCCUGCCCCGCGAUCAGCCACCGCUGAUGACCUGCAACGGAUGCUGCGUCAAAAUGGUGCGCCACUCCAGGACGCCGUACGAGGUCGUGAGGCGGAUGUGUACGUCACAGUUGCAGAUCAAUCUGUUCAUGGUAGAUCAUGUGUGUAUGAUGGAAAGUUCUGGCAAUGGCCAUAUGUGUUUCUGUGAGGAAGAUAUGUGUAACUCCAGUCCCUCCAGCUUGCUCACCGCGAACCCGCACCACACCGUGCACGUGUGCAUCGGUAGCGUGCUGGCCGUGUACUUGCUACAGCUCCUCCAGCGAGUCUUUCGGUAAAGCGUGUCGAGGUCGGUUAUGGUUAACUUACUUAGAGAGCAAAAAAAAAACGCGACCAGAAAAGAAAACACAAAAGCAAACCAAAACCCCAAACAAACAGCUGCUGUCGCUCGGGCCCCCUGCUCGUCUCGUUGUAGUGCUUUGUCCUUUGUCCCGCUGACCCGCUGUUAUCAUCCUCUCGCUCUCCCUUCAAUCCCAAUCCUCAAUCCUCAACCUCUACCAAUCCAAUUAGAUGCUCCCCAUCUUGGCCGACUGGCAGCUAGCUGUGUUGCUUGCCCUCGCAACCAAUGAAAGACUCGUACUCACUCCGCCCCCCAAAACGCUCCGUUUUUUAUUACUACAUACUCCCGCUUAAAGCGCACCACGCUCGCCUCUUUCUUAUAUCUAUAUAGUUGUAUCUGUUGUAUGUUCCUUGCGAUCAGUUCGAUCUCCGGUUCGACACCGGUUCGGCUCGGAGGUCCUCGAUGCGCCACGCGGGCCCAAUCGCCCAAGUACGUCCCAAAGUGCUGUGUAUCGGACACGUGCCCGUGCGUCACACAAGAGUCUCCCGGGCUCUUGGGGACCAUCCUUAAGGACCCGUACCACUCACUACACAUCAAUCAAUCAGCACCUCACCUAUCCUUUCGACUCGAAUCAUUUUGGUAGCGAAAAAGAAAAGAGUGAACCGAACCGAAAUGUAAAGAAAAUGUGCUCCACUCCAAAAGCACAUGCUACACAUGGUCGCGCCGCCAUCUAGGCACUCCAUCUAGGCCUGGCACGUGCUCAAUUUGUAGUAGCAAUCGUUGUGAAAGAGUCCCUCCCCAUUUCAUGUCCCCAAUUUCCACAAGCGGUUCCCACCAACAGAAAAGAAAAACCUUUCCAUCCUCUUCGCUAUCGGUUCAUUUAGUCCCAUUUUUCUGUUCUCUUUUUGUCACUUUCGCUCAUGUUAUCAUUCCCCCCCCCCCCCCUGAAUCUUAAAAAUAGAUAGUACUUUGUUUUCAUAAAAAAAUAGACUGCACCAAUGGAGUUUUUUCUUUCAAAGAAUAGAGCAGUUUGCCUUUACAGCAGUUUACCUUUUUGGCAGUUUUAGAUUCUGAAGAACACUUUGGUUUUUGCUCUUUUAUUUUUUGCAAUCUUUCACUUCACUUUUUACAUUGAAUUUGUUUACAAGUUAAACUAUUUUGCGUUUUUUUCGUAAUUCUUUUCAGUAGUUAGCGAUAGAGUUUGUUCGUUUUCAUAAAUCUAUUCAUACGGUUGUCUAUUUAACACAUUCUUCUUCGAUGAUUAGUAGAGACACUUUUAGCGUUGUUUUCUUCUUCUCGCUAACGCAGAUCAUAAUCUCAUUGUUAUUAUCUUAGCUUAGCUAUAAAAAGUACAUUCUAUCGCCACGGUAAUACGGCAACACAGGGACACGUUUAAUGCGUUUCAUCGUCUUUCGACCGGUGAAACCGAUCCGACCAACUUAAUCCAAUAUCAAUCUUCCUCUCGCUUGACAGGGAAGAACAUUAAAGACAGUGAAAGCAACGCUUCAUUGGUGUGCUAUCGCUAGGGAAACCAAUUUUCACGCAUUUCCCAAUCGCUAGCUUAGAUAGGAAGAUAUAGAAGUACAUCCAGGUUUAUCCAGUCACAUGUUUCGAUUCCGCACCCUUACCGGCAAGUAUAUUUUUGAUAGAUUUUCGAUCCUUGUUAUAAAAUACGACAAAGCAGUUGCGGAGAUAGUGUAAAGAAACAGAUUCCUUGCAUGAUACAUUCUAAACAAAAAAAAAAUCGCGAAAAUGAUUGACGAUGAAUCUCAUGUAAAUACCAUACACCCUUUCCAACGCGUUUGAAAAGUUACUGCUAGUUACUGCGUUUAACCCGUUUGAUUAAAUACCAUUUAUUACUGAAGAACAGCAGCUACGGUUACUUAAAGUUGGUUGGUUUCUUUCGUUUCAAUUUUUGUUUGUAGUAGACGCAUGAUAGGAAUAGUGUUAGAGUUUAUUUUUAAUAAGUAUACUAAAUCACUAACCUUUCUUCGUUCACUUUGUUCAUUCGUUUGAUUAGUUUUAUACUUAUUCUAACAAUGUAUUUCUCUGUUUUAACAUAUUUUUCCGACUCUCUAACCACUAACCAGCUAGAUAUGUACAUUUUUACCUUUAACUUUAUUAACUUUCUUCCUUGUUUUGUUGUUCUCGUUUUACCUUCUUCUACAUUAGGCAAGUUAGCAAGCUCAUGCGUUUACCUACAUUUUGCAGUUUCUCUUUACUAGUUUUGGUUUGUGAUUGUUUUCCUUUUCCUUGAAAAGUAGUGACGCCCUUUUUAUUACCUUUAUUUUGACUUUCUUCUUUGACCCUCCUGUCUCUUCUGUCCCAUUGACUUACACAUUCCCUUUCCAUAAUAACUAUGACAAUGAAUUAUCCCUAUUUCAAUCCCGAUCAUAUCACAUUUACAUGAUCACAUGAGAUCCCAUGAAAAUUGUACUUUACCCUUUUUCCACCCCCCCACACACAGACACACACCCUUUCUCUCACAUUCUUUAUCAAUCUCUCUCUCUUUCUUAGAUAGCGCAUCCCGAGUUAAAUCAAGUUUUUAUACAUGCUCUAUAACCCGCUAUAACCUUUAGAAGAGCUACCUUAGAAGCCUUUUAGUUCGUUCGUUGGGAAGAGGGGGGGCGCAAUGGUAGACAGUACGUUUUUUGAUACGAAAGCACAGCAAUAGUUUUGCAGCGUCCGCAGACGGCAGACGCGGAUUGUUGUUUGCCACCAAGAUUGUGACUAACUUGACUUGAGAAUGAGUCAAAGCUCUCAACACAAUAAAACUAAAAGAAACACACUAAUACACACACACACAUUCAUGCUCAUUCCCACUAUCCCAGGCAAUAAAGCAGGACUACUGUAGAUGGCAAGAGCGAUAUUAGAUAGUUACAAAUUUAUAUACACUACACUCUUGGUAUACAUGUACACACUCCGCAUACGUAAUGGUGCGUUGGAGGCGUAGUUGAAAGCGAAAACACUCGCCAAGAGGUGGGUGAUCCCGGUGUGGGUGUAAAGUAAGCAGUAACCAGUCCCAAACUCCCCGCGGCAAACCAACGCAAAAGCAAUAAGACACGCGGCAUACAAGAUUCAUCCAGUUUGCAACGCUAGGCGUCAUCUUCAGGAUGUUCAUUUGUUUUUCCUCUUUUAAAACAAUAAUUAAAGUGGAAGCUAUUUUUGUUUUUACCCUCACCCUGGACGGCACAACGAAGACUCGGUUUGUUUGAUUUUUGCGAUUUUCAAUUUGCAUACAUUUCAGUAGUGUAAAUACAAACAUUAUCACGGAAAUGUUACACAAAUCCAUGGGCAAGGGGAAGGAUGUUAGAGAUCAUGGUUCGAAAUUCAACGUGCAACAUAGUUUUGAAAGGCACUGUGCAGGUAUUAUCGAGUACCUUUGCGGUUUGCCAUUGCUUGAAGUGGAAUUGAAGCUUAUAUCCUUCCUGCGAUUGACUCUACAGUUGCAUAUUGAUUAACACAUCUCAUGUUGAGUGUUCCUUGAAGUACUGUUACACAGUUUUCUUUUAAAAAAGAGAGAAAUAUUUCCUUCUAAAACAUAAUUGUGCAAGUUGAAAUCCCGCGAUGCGUUUAUCUUCUUUCUCAUGUGUACAUUGUAUCUUGUAAAAACACACACAUACAUAUAUUUGCGUUUGUUCAUCCUGCACAGAACUCAUCCUACAACGCCCCACGCACCCGCUCCCCGUAGAACCCUCAGCUAGAUACUCAAUUAUUUCUGUUUAUUUUUCAACGCUCACGUGUAAUGAUAAUCAAACGCAAUGGUCCCCAAAACAAACAAAACCUAAACACACACACACACCCACACAAGCAAAGCAGCAAUUUAAAGGUAACCUAGGCACAAUGGUCUGUCAAUCGUUUAUUGGUAUUUUCCUCCAGUCUUUUGAUUCGAGCAAUGAGCUGUGCCCAUGAGGAGCAAUGUGAACAAUAAAACACGCGCAAGAUGAAAUCAACUGCAAUAAGAGCAAUAGGAAUGUCGUAGCUAAAUAAUCAAAACUCACAAAAUACACACUACACACUACUGCACACCAAACUAACACAAACCACAGCGGAGCAUGAGCACGAAUUUGCCACAAAUUGUGUAGGCAAAACGUACCAAUUGAAGGCAAACGAUCCACGUUCCAGGCAGACCAAAAUCGAGUUGAAUAGCUCUCGAAUCGUUUGAAAGCGGGAAAACAUACACACGUGUGCGGUCCUCUACUACCCUGUCCUGUCCCACACUGACUGGAAUGGGAUGAGAGCAUCUUAUGAGCUUUUCGAUGUGUCUACCAACCAAUAAUGGAAUGGCGCAAUGAGUAACACAAUAAGUGAAUGACGCAGGUGAAUCUUGUUAGCAUCAUCACGCAAAACCCUAGAGUAAACCAUAUAUUCAUAUAUUUAUAUAUUUUUCAAAUGUAUAAGAAUUUUCGAAAAAUAACAUAUUCUUACAAUCACACACACACAUACACACAAACACAACCACUAUACAAAAUCGGCAGAUGAGAGGAAGUUUUGUUUUGCUACUGUUAAUAAUGCAGAGCUUUUCCAAGUGUUCCAUAACUUUUCACCACAGCAAAAGUUUACCAAACUGCUGGUAAUAAAAUGUUAGCCAAGAAACUUCAACUGAAUUUUCCCGGUACAGCAAAGGUUGUGUUAUUUUGCUUCAACAGAGUGGGUUUCCUGGAAAACGAACCCCUGAGACGUGUAGCGAAUUUUUGGUAAUGAAAUAUUCAAUAUCGCUUCUGAGUGGCCUGCAAAGAAAGAAAAGUACGUUAAAGGUCACAUUGUAAGGAGUUCAAAUCUUUUUUCGUUCCUUAAAGUGUACUCUUUUACACCAAAUUUGAGAUUUUUGGUUAUAGAAAGAAUUAAAAUACACACUCUACACCCAACCACGGAUUGGACACACACACCUACAUGAUCGCAUCCAUAAGCAAACAAAUCCACUCUAGAUAUAUGGAAAAAAAAGUUAUACAAUGUGACAGUGGCAAAGGAAAACUUUAUCUAUUGAAUGUAAUUUUCUACAACUGUUCAAGCUGUUACCAGACCAAAGAAUAAGAAAAAAGACGGGGUUGGACAUUCAAAACUCAUAAACUCUAGUACGUAUCACUCAUCCAUACCCUUGGGAGGAAUAUAUUAAAUCUGAUGCUAAAAAAAUCUACCCAGAAUGAUCCUGAAAAGAGCAACAACAACAAAAACCAACAUUCAAACAAUCUAUUUAAAUGAUCUGCGCGCGCGCGCGCCCAUCAAUGCGUUUUUCUAUGCGCGAAACCAUUCAAAUGACGUUUAAUUAGAUCGUGUCAGCCGCAGCCGCAGCUAAAUCAUACAUACUGUCUAAAAACAACAGCAAAAAAGAGAUUAUGAGAAAACUGUAUACUGAGAGUGAAAGUAGAGUAGAUUCUACCGUCGAAAUUGAUGCUUCUCCUUUUGCGUCGUACGUUUUGUAUACAUUCACUGCAUAUUUAUUGCGUAAAGAGCCUCGCUUUUCACUCCGAAUGUAAUGUGGUUCCAUCCAGAAUUGAGAGAGCUUUAUUGAUUAGAGAGAGAGCCAGAGAGCGUACAUUUGCGGAAAGCAGAAGCCAACUUCGAUCUGUCUACUGUGCGUGAUUCGGUUGCGUCUUGAGUGUUCCCGUACCGCUUGGUUCUUGCAGGAUAGGAAACCUUGUUAGUGACGUUAUUGAGCUAGAAAAAAAAAAAACAAAAAAACAAACGACAAAUUAUGUCUACCAAAAAAGCAAAAAAAAAGAUUAAAAAGCAGAUGGAGUUUGUGAACCAAACAAAAAAAAGAUCGAAUCGAAAAAAAAACAACUAAAAAUACAUAUACAAUUUUUUGAAAGUUUUUUAAGUAUCGUUAAUUAAGGCAGACAAAACAAAUGCGCGAAACAAGCAAGCAAACAGGUUGGCCGGAACUGGUCCGCUUUGGUGGCCAGCGUUAGAGCAGCCUUGCGUCCGAGUUAGAUUAUUUUAGAGGAAUACACUUUUUUUGGGGGAAGAAAAUAGCGAACAAUACUGAUCGGAUUGUCACUCAAACUCCAAUUUGAAAAAAAAAAACCAAUCAAUAAUCCCAUCUGUACAGUUUGUGUGUUUGAGCACGUGUGGAGGGAAUAGGCUUACAGCAAAUGUACCAUACAUUAAACAACAAUAACAAAAAAGGCACACAUAUUAAAAAUGUAAACCAGGCCACACCGAACCAAAAACAGCAGACGACAGCGAGUAAGGUGUAGUAAGUAAUAUUUGCGAAUUAUCUGAACAAAAACCCCAGCCCAAAACAGAAAAAAACAGCAGAUGCAAGCGUGCAAGCGCCUGAUGUGUACGAUGGAAUUUAGCGUAUGAUCAAUAAUAAAUGCAGCAUAUAUAACUUUGGAUCACGGCGUCUGUUGUGCGCGUUUGUCCCCGCAUUUAAAACAUGCAUGAGUUGAAAUCGACGGACCGACCCCCAGCUCAAGCGUCACCCCCCGUUUUGCUCUUGUUUUUGUAUCUUUGCAUCAUAGCGCGCAGCCUGUGGCAGAAAACAAGCAACACAGUUCCGAAUGCUUCGAUUUACUUACUCUUUCCUUCGCUUUCUUCCCAUAACAUCUUCUGCCUUUUGGGGACUGCUAUAAACGACGGAACUUAGCUCAACGGUGGAGCGAAAUCGCCUUCCUGAAAAGCUGUUUUGAAUUAGCUUCUAUUAUUUUCGAUGCCUGUUCUUCACCGCCCAAAAUAACACAACACACACACAUACAAUUUUGUGCUUUUGAUACCUUUCGACAAACACGAACACGUUACAGCAUUGCUUGCAAAAGAUACAACAGCAGAUUUAAAUUAAAAAAUCAAACUGCUUUCAAACCUAUUGAACAGCUUCGAACCAAACAUGGAACAACGCUUUUACAUCUAUCAAACACACACACACAUACAAUCUCUCUCUCUCUACGCCUCAGGAUAAUGAUAAGGAUUCCUGCUUCGAUAACAACGCUUGAAACUGAAACAUUGUAUCCGAACCAAACAGCACCCAACACACUGACAAGUGGUAGCGACAGUGCCUGCAAGCAAGCAAGCAAGCAAGCAAACCGAAGAAGAAAUAGAAUGAAAACAAGCUGUACAAUACAAUGUACUGGUUAAAAAUGCAAACCUCAAAAAAGCUGAAAUAUUGCAUGCUUUCCGCGAUCAUAUUGCGAACUGUCUGUUGUGCUCGUGGCUUUGUGCUUCGGCUGGAAGCAAAGCGUGUGCAAAACUGUUACUAUUGUAUAGCCGGCUUUGUAUCUAGCAUGCUGUUUCCCGAAGAAGUUUCGUUGCUUUUCGUCUUUGUCCUAGUUUUUUUUAUUUCGCUUCACUGUGCUUCUGGUGUUCUGAUUUGUUUAUGUAUUAUGUACAUUCGCUUAUUUUGUUACACUUUUUACUGUCUGUUGUGUACCUUUAUCUACUAGAAUUAUACUACAUUUUGUUAUUGUCUUACCAUUUCUAACCCCUAUAUGCUUUAUUUGUGUGGUUUUGUUAUGCGUAUGAGUGUUAAAUGUUUUUCAAUGUUGAAUGUUGUAUAGCGUUCUGUGCACGUGAUAUAGGGUAUAGUGUAUCAACAUGCUUAUUUUUUAUUCCUUCCCCGAGAAGAGUUUCAUCGCAAUCAACUUUAUUAAUGUAUUUCUUUACGUACUUUAUGGAUCAUUUUUCCCGUUCUCGUCGGUGUGCGAUCGAAUCAAACGUGUGUCCGCGUAAGCUUAGGUCAAUGUCUUCUAUCUUCUUUGUUUCCCCCAAUUACUUCAAUCCCUUCAAUCGACUCUGCCUCGUUUUCCCGUGUUAGUGUAUUAUCUUCAUUUCAUCCGACAUGUGUUUGUAUCUCUCUUUCUCUCAUGGGUUUUAUUCUUUUUUUUCGUCACCUCUUUUCACCUUAUGAUUUAUUUAUCUGUCCGAUUCGGCACCCUUUUCUCGCCGAAAACUCGUUGCCAAUUAUUUAGUUGUACCCUUUCUUUUCUCUUUGUGUGUGUGCGCGCCUUUUUUUAUUAUUCUGUCUUUCGAACCGCAUCCUACCAUUUAAACCUUUUUCUGAAACGACUACAUCUUUACACCCGUUUUUCACGUUCUACCAUACAAUACCAUACACAUACAUACGACCUACGUAGCUUCCUUUUCCGAGUUCCAGAGCCACCGAAAAAAGGAAAACCCCACUCUACUCAGCUCCCGCCGGGUUUACGGCACCGCAGAGCGCACAUCACUUCUUCUCCUUCGGGUUCUACACAUGCCUUUUUCUCUGUGUGUGUGUGUGUCAGCCAUAGACUUCAAGAACCCCGCAUAAUUAAUUCGAAGGAAGAAUGUGGUUCUUUCCUAUGGGUUUUAUGCUACGCUGGUUUUGUUUUCUUACCUAAGAAAGCCAGCAUGAAAGCUUCUUUUUCGUGGUAACAUAAUAUGGUUGAUACGAAGAAACGAAGCAAAAAGAGCUACAUUAGAGUCUUUCUACUUUUGAAGUUUGGCGAAAUUUUUAAUGAUAAUAUUGUCCAAAUUUUGCGAUAAUCCAAAAACCGGAUGCUGUUUCUCGAAAGUACGGAGCAUCACUACCACCAUCUAAAUGCGUAUUGCUGUAACCUUUUUUUACAUUUAAAAAGACUCAUUCAAUUAUCAUCUUCUACCGUUCGGUGUGUGGUUCUAAACUAAUCAUAAAAACUAUGUAACUAUGCCAAUAUAAAGAAAGAAUAAAAACACUUGGCAUCUGCAUGUAAUUUCACCAAGUACUAGGCGUCUCCAUGAAGCUUCGUCAGCUACCGGGCGUCUCCAUGGAAACUAAUUCUUAUGCCACAAGGAACUUUUCCUACCGGCAGCCAGAUUGCCAUGCAACGUUCGCCGUUUGCCAAGUGCGGAUAUCGAUCGUGAUUUCGCUGAGCUCGCAAAAAACUCGCAGAAUUCGCUUCCGUAUCGAAUCAUCCGAACUGGGUCAAUUGGCGCGGAUAGAAUACGUAUGCUGGCUAAGCUCGCAGGGUAAUUGCACCGGCGUGUCACAUUCUUUUCGCGCUACACUUUGUAACAAAGGCGGAUAAGAGUCAGCGCCUCUAUUCAACAACUCAUUAAGCGUAGCAUAAAAUACGGACGUACAUCCACAGCACUGUUUUCACACUGCAGUACGGGUUGUAAGCGUACCUUUCAUGCUUUCCGGUAGCUUUCGGAAAGCAACGCUUCGCUUAACACUCGCAGGAUUAUAGGAAGCGUUUCCACCAGUAAGUACCAUCCAAGCACAGGUGAACAAUUGUGAAGUGCUCCUCUCGAGCGUCUGAAUUGUGACUGCAUUGUGUGCUAUCAAUGAUGCUUUGUAAGCAGAAAAGAGCCUGUAUUCAUGCUUUUCGUUCUGCUCUUCUGUAGAGUUCCAUGUAGCGAGGGCAAGACGUUACUUUGAUUUUAUAAUGGCUUUUGUUUGAUUCGAAAGCAACGCAAGGGAAACAUAUUUUGUUUUGUUAGCUUCAGCAAACCUGCAGCACUUGAACAAGCUUUAAAUAAUUCACAUAUUUCUACCGAUGACACGGUAACGCACACGGUUUGCUGAAAUGCAUUUUCUCUCCCCCCAUUAGUGGGCCACUUUAAGUCAGUUUUCACCACUUUCUUGCACAUCAAUGACAGCCAAGGUUAAAGAACCAGACACACACACACACACAGGAAACCGAACAAAGGGAAAAAGGUAAACGAAAAUCAAUUUCCCCCACGGAAGCUUUCCAUUUCCGACCUCCAUUACAAUCCGUCCGUACGUGUGCCGGUGCUGUGCUUUGAGUUUUCCUAUUUGCUAUACGUUAGCGGAAAGUUUCUCUCGACACAUAAUUGCUUUCCUUAUGGUUUCUUCCCUCGUAACUUACCUACUAUCUCUAGCAGAAGAAGUAGAUGAUGGUGAGCGAAUGAGUCUUUGCCGAUGUUCUCGGGGAAUGGUUUUGCUUCUUUUUUUUCUAAAUACAAUUCCAACAAGCGAAUGAAAAUGCAACCGCUAUGAGACUGUGAUGUAGGCUAGUACGAGAAUUUAAAAAACCGACGUGUAACAAUGCGGAAAACCCUUUGGGUAGAAUGUAGAAUGUGAGCAAAAUGCUAAUAUGAGCGGCGAAAAAGAAAAGGCAACAAAAAAAAGGGGCAAAACCAUUCAAGGUUAGCAAAACUAAUUGCAUUAAAGUAUUGGUGAGCGAGUGCUUCUCUGCUGUGGGUCAGCUUCCGGUCAAGCGUUUGGGACAGCAAAAUGACCACAAAAUAAACGCGUCAGUUCCUUUGGGCAAUUGUGGCAAGCCGCGUGGCGAGCGAGCGCUUGCUUUCGUUGCAUCUUUUGCAUAAGAAACGGUUACAGCGUGAGUCGAAUCGAAAUCGAACUGAAACGUGGAACAUAAAAUUAGAACAGAAACACUUCCCAUGAGCUGCAUAGCAUUGAUACCGCCUCGGAUAAGUCACAUAUUUUCUUCACAAACCGAUGCCAAAAGAAUCUGCCUUUUUUGGCCCAAGAAGAGCUAACGCAAUUCAUCGAAAGAAAUGCAUCCUUCGUAGUCGCAUUCGGUUGGUCGCAUUGUGACCGGUUGGCUUCUUACAUUUAUGUUUAUUAUUCACAGACAAUGUUCAAUCUUAUUAGAUAUUAUUAGAACUACAACUUAUCAAACCAAAGUCCAGUUGGUUCAAUAAUCGGCCAAACCGACAACGAAGCAUAACGAAGGGAUGAAAUUCGUUGCGUUCUUCUGUCCGUCGAAAAACACACACACACAUAUGAAUGCCAAUGCCAUGAUAUUUUUUCUCAUAGACAACAGCGUGAUCUACCGUGAAGUGAAUGCAAGUUUCAGCAACCAGUUAGCCCGCAACUCCCUUUGAAAUUUUCAAUGUCACACAACACCCCACUAUCGAACGGAAAGCGGAUGAUCGCGCUUAUACCGGGGAAAAACAAAAACAACUGAACCGAUUGUUAAACGUACGACGUAGACGACAUAAUGGAAUUUGACUGUGGAUCAAGGUACAGACACCUUUAGUAGCGUGUGUUAGCUCACUACACUCUUCUACAGUAGAGCAAUGAUCAGUGUUUUCCCCUAUAGUGAUGAUCCCGAUUCUCCCCGAAACACUACUCGGUCAAUUUUCUUUUCGCUAAAGUCAAAUUAAAAAAAAAAUAUGGUCAAUUUUCAUUUUCCCAAAAGUGAGUGUUACACAAAUUAAAAAAAAUGUCAUACCCAAGCUCUAACCAACUGACUGAGCGACAUCCUUCAGCCGGUUGUUGGAAAGUCGAUGUUGAAUCGUGUGUAUCAGAAAAAAAAGAAAAUUAAAGGUUUUUUGAGACAAAAAAUAAGUAAAUACUAAGUAAGCUAAACAGAGCUGACUAAUGUUUUAUGGAACCAGUUUUAAUUAAUUUUAGGCUUCCAGGUGUACCCGCAGGACAGUUGCUUAGGAGCAAAUUAACCUUUAAGAAAUGCUUAAGACGUUCUAUGAAAAGAAAAUCUUAAAAAAACAUGGUAAAAAAAGUUUUCAAUUUGUUUUGUAAAUAAUCUCAUUUCAACAAUUACGUGUUUUGUUUCACCAGUAGCAGGCGUUUUCACUUUGAAUUGCUCAUUUUAAAAGUAGCGUUUAUCAUACAGAGAGUUAGUUUCCUUAGUUGAUUGAGAGCGAAACAGCGGACAGCUGAAGGAUAGUUUAUCUGGUGUUGAUUAUUUGAUAAUGAUUGUCGAUAGUGGCAUUACCCAGUGCCGGUAGAACAUUUGUAACAGAAGGCACAGGAGAGGCAGGAGCAGCUCCCUAGGAUAUAGAAUUAAUAUAAGCAGCUAAGCUCGAACACACAUAAUAUAUCAAAUACACCGAGCAUGCACCGUGAGUUUGCUCGUACACUCUUGCUUUCUUCCUUGCAUCAUCCCGAGGAACAUAGUUGGUAGGAGAGGUAGGAGGAGAAAUGAAUUUAAAAAGAAAAAACAGGCAACAACCAGUAUAAAAAAUAAUACACAAAAAACACACACAAAAAAACAUAAAUAUAAAAUUAAAAAACACACACACACACACCUCCACACAUUUUUGAAUAACUAUAAAAGCUACAGCAACAUAUGAGGUACCAUUUUUAACUCGAUAAAAAACGCGAUUAAGCUGAAUUGUACGCUGAUAAGUCGGCUGCUGCUUGGUGGCCGUUAGGCAAGAUACGAAACCUCACUCUUUCUCAAUCUCAAACUUUCGCUCUGUUACCUGCCCUUCAAGGCGCGGAUGUUUCUACUUUGAUAUUUUAUCUCGCUGACAGAGCUUUCACAGUUGCAUACACACACACACGUACACACACGUACACGUACUUUGCAGUAAAGGAAUAGUAGGAAGGGAUAGCAUAAUAUAGAAGAAAAAAGGAUAUUAGGUAGAAUUGUGUGAAUGCAACGGAUACAAUACACACAUACACACAUACACACAGAACACGUACAAUCUGCCAUGUUUUGUCGCGCAUGAUGAAGGUGAUCAGGGAGAGAUCAGGUAAGGGAGCAUAGGAGGAUCGCAAACGAUCACUCCAACUAGCGAAGGGAUAAAUAAAUCAAUCUCGUUUCUUUACCCGUUUUCCCCAACGCCCUCCCCCAAAGAAGGAAGCCCGGGUGAACCGGCCCACAAACACAAAACCAUCUAUCAAAACAAAAUGGUGAAAUGGACAACGCGUAAAAAUAAAAGUUUCAUCGCAGCUCUGAGAA